CGCCCUCCGGCCCCUCCGGAAUGUCCGAAGGACCCAGACAUCCAGGACGGUGACUGAGCGAGCCCGAGGAUGGGACGGGGCCCGCACCUCCGGCUUGUCAAGGCCCUUCUCCUCCUGGGACUGAACCCCGUCUCCGCCUCCCUCCAGGACCAGCACUGCGAGAGUCUGUCCCCGGCCAGCAAUGUCUCUGGACUGCAGUGCAACGCAUCCGUGGACCUCAUUGGCACCUGCUGGCCUCGGAGCCCCGCAGGACAGUUGGUGGUUCGGCCCUGCCCUGCCUUUUUCUACGGUGUCCGCUACAACACCACAAACAACGGCUACCGUGAGUGCCUGGCCAAUGGCAGCUGGGCCGCCCGCGUGAAUUACUCCGAGUGCCAGGAGAUCCUCAACGAGGAGAAAAAGAGCAAGGUGCAUUAUCAUGUCGCUGUCAUCAUCAACUAUCUGGGCCACUGCAUCUCCCUGGUGGCCCUCCUGGUGGCCUUUGUCCUCUUUCUGCGUCUCAGGAGCAUCCGGUGUCUGAGAAACAUCAUCCACUGGAACCUCAUCUCGGCCUUCAUCCUGCGCAAUGCCACGUGGUUCGUGGUCCAGCUCACCAUGAGCCCCGAGGUCCACCAGAGCAACGUGGGCUGGUGCAGGUUGGUGACAGCUGCCUACAACUACUUCCACGUGACCAACUUCUUCUGGAUGUUCGGCGAGGGCUGCUACCUGCACACGGCCAUCGUGCUCACCUACUCCACCGACCGGCUACGCAAGUGGAUGUUCGUCUGCAUCGGCUGGGGUGUGCCUUUCCCCAUCAUUGUGGCCUGGGCCAUUGGGAAACUGUACUACGACAAUGAGAAGUGCUGGUUUGGCAAAAGGCCAGGGGUGUACACAGACUACAUCUACCAGGGCCCCAUGAUCUUGGUCCUGCUGAUCAACUUCAUCUUCCUGUUCAACAUCGUCCGCAUCCUGAUGACCAAACUCCGGGCAUCCACCACAUCUGAGACCAUUCAGUACAGAAAGGCUGUGAAGGCCACGUUGGUGCUGCUUCCCCUCCUGGGCAUCACCUACAUGCUGUUCUUCGUCAACCCUGGUGAGGACGAGGUCUCCCGCGUCGUCUUUAUCUACUUCAACUCCUUCCUGGAGUCCUUCCAGGGCUUCUUCGUGUCUGUGUUCUACUGUUUCCUCAACAGUGAGGUCCGCUCUGCCAUCCGGAAGAGGUGGCACCGGUGGCAGGACAAACACUCCAUCCGCGCUCGUGUGGCCCGCGCCAUGUCCAUCCCCACCUCCCCCACGCGGGUCAGCUUUCACAGCAUCAAGCAGUCCACGGCGGUCUGAACUGGGAGGCAUGGAGCAGCCCCCUGAGGUCUGUGGCUGGGAAGAUGAUGGCCAGGCACUCCGACCACCUGUCUGUGGAGGCGAGAGCGCCUCCCACUCCCUUCCACAGGAGCAGCUGCCCUGAGAACCUGGGAGGGCCCUUCUCCCAGCCCCAGCCCCAACCCCAGCUCCAGCCCCAGCCAGGCAAGUGGUCCGGGCCAUGAGAGCAGAGGAGCCAGGCCAUGGGAAGAAUGGCCUUACAGGACUGGGCUGGGCCCAGCACCUCUGACCUUGGUCUGGCCCCUUCCCCAAUCCUCCCUGAGGAUGGAAAUGGAAAGGGAACUGGGAGUGCUGGAAAGCCCCGACAGCUCCCAGCUCCCUCCAAGAGCUGUCUCCAAUCCGAGCACUCAGGCCAGGCCCCUAGGGCUGUGGCUACCCCAAGGGCAUCCUGGGAAACUCUCGAAUCCCUGCAGCAAUGCCUCUGGGCCUUAGCAUUGCCUCUGACCGCACUGGGAACCUGGACGUCAUUGUUGGAGCCUGCUGACAGUGUAGGCCUCAGGGGACGUCAUCAGAUGUUGGACCACAUCACUAGGAAUCACCUUGGGGCCACCAGAACUCAGGUGGCACCGUGGCACUGCCACCAGAACGCCCUGCCUUGCUGCCUUGCUCCCUCGGACCUUUUCUCCCUGCAGGCCACACGGCUGCUGCUCACUUAACCACCGUCAAUACCUUCACCCCAACUCCUGGCACUUUCUGCCCAGGUGUGUCCCCCUUUGUGAGAAGAUGAGGGCUGGGACGACAGUGCCUGUGGAGAGGACCAGGGCGUGGCCAGUCAAGGCCAGCCUCCCUUUGAGGUGGACAGAGAACUCUUGGCCCCCAGUCUGCUGUUCAGUGAUCUGGCCUCUCGGGCAGAGCCUGUGGUCCUGACAGCCUCUGGGGAGGGUCACAGCUAAGCAAAGAUAGAAGGGCCCUCUCUGCCCAAGUGCCCUAAAGCAGGACAAGUGGCUCUUGGAACAACCAGCCAGCUGGUCCCUCCACCCCAGGCUGGCUCAGCCCCCGCGUGGACCCCCACCCCAAGUCCAGUGGGGCCCCACAGCCAGAGCAGGACUUUGGGUGUGGGGACCCAGGAAACGAGCUGCUGGGCGGGGAGUGGCUGACGUCAAUAAUAAUAUUUAUCUUUUCAAAACCAACCUCGUGGAGGCCUGGACUCUACAGCGGGCGGGGUGGAGGGGGUGCCUCAGAGAAGUGGGGGUCAUUUGACAGCCUUCAGAAGCUGCUAUUGCUGGGACACUUGGCCCCACUCACACCCUGUCAGGGGUGGGGUGCUAGGGGAGCCCCUGAGGGCUGUAGGCAGGGAGUGCAGAAGGACUUAGUGGGGUCUGGCCAGGGCCAGUCCUUGCAGGGAGAGAAGGACCACAGAUUAGCAAUGCAGGGGAAGGCCUUCACGCAGGGCAUGGCCUGAACAGGGCCGGACAGUGGGCCCAGACAGGUGUGUCCAGUCCAGGGGAGGAGCUGAGUAGAAGCAGGAGUGCAGUUAGGACGCCAGAGAGACUGAGCAGACCUCGAGUCCGCCUUAGCCGGAGAGCCCCUGGAAGCUGACCUUGAGACAGGUUUUCAGCACAAACUCAGGGAAGGGGAAUCCAGAGAGGGUGAGGGAGGGAGGCCGGGCAACGGGGGCAACCACCCCGGGCAGCUGCAGCCUUGUCCUGCUGGAAAAGCCGGGAGGCCUGCGUGGACCACCUCCAUCCCCUUUUCCCACCCGAGGGGCGAGGGAGCUGGGGCAUUUGCUCACCAACUCCCGUCCAUUGCUGGCAGAAGGCCCCCAGGGCACAUCAAUCUCCCUGCAUUUCCCACAUCUGACCACUUAGAGGCCUGAGCUGUGGCAACGUGUAGGCUAGCAAAAGCCAGCACACCACGUCCUGAGGGUCAGGGGGUGUGAUGGGUCACCAGAACCCCACACACAGGACCCUGGGCUGUCCAGGAGGAGGGCUGCACGGGGGCGUUUGUGUGCAUGUGCACAGGAGCACCUUGGGUGUGUAGUGUUAGACGCCAGGAGCAGACUGACCACAGCUCCAGGGGAGGUUGGUGGCUGAGGAUCUUGGCCCAGGGAGGGGCCAAAAUGUCCUGGAAGGCCAGAUGGGGCACCCUGCUCUGCCAAUUCCCCAAGCUCU